AUGUCUCUGGCCAGCGUCCGUACUAUGUUAGCCAAUGCUACUCUCGAUGAGCUCAGCGCUCAGCGCAUGGCUCUGGGAUUACCUGAGGGGCGUGUUGUGAACAUCACUGCGAACGACAUACCUCCCAUGGGCAUAACUGCUAGAGAGGCACUGGAGCGUGGCCUUCACGAGAUGAAAGGGUGCAAGCAGCUGUUUGAUGAGUGGGCGAAUGUCCUUAGUCGCUCACAAUCUCAACACCCUGAUACUCUCGAGUACGAUCUUCGGGACAUAAUACACAAGCUCCAAGAGGACUCCUCCGAAGUCCUCUCUUGGACCGAAGGCAUCCUCAGGUCUCAUCGCACCCUAGCCUCUAUCAUGAUAACGUCUCUUGAAGAGGCUCGUGAGACCGGAGAACUAGAGUAUGACGAAGAGAUCAAGACGCUCGCGCAGAACAUCGAGAAGCACUCCGCGAGCGUUAUCGAGAAGGUCGAAGUCAUGCGUGGCGAUGUCGAUACCCUCAUUGACAAAGUUCAGAGUAGCGUCAUACGACCGCGGGAGAAAUCGUUCGGAGAACGAGUCUGGUCGUGGAUCAAGCACGCUGUAUACUCGAUAGGAUGCGUCGUUGGUGGCUUUGCGGGUGUCAUCUCGACUCUUCUUAGACCAUUUUGGUCUCCGGGGUCUGAUCUCAUGUUCCGUGUGUCGAGUGUUGCCUUCUCUGCAGCGCAAGCUACGCCCGCCGAGUCGAACAUGGAGUCAUUCAGGCAUAUUCUUGAGGAGUUGCGCAUCCGUCUUCAAGAGGAAGGAGACCGGGCACGGACCCACUUGAUGGAUUUCGCACAAUCUCACGUUCUCUUCCAGUCCAAGUUAGCGACGGAUGUUGACACAGUAUUGAAGAUGAACGCUAGGGAGGCGACAAGGGCUCUUCAGCGGUGGAGGGUUCGAUCGCCGAAUGUGAUGGUAGUGAAUAUUUCUUCAUGGCCGUACCUACGCACGAUGUACUUUGGGGACUAA